AUGGUAGCAGCGCUGCAGCGGCUCAGCGCGCCGCCCGUGCAGACGCUGCACACGCUGCAACCCACCCCCGCCACCGUCUCCUACACCGUGUCCACGCGCCCCGAAGCGACCACGCUGACGGCCAAACUGCGCUUCUACGCGGGCAUUGCGCUGCGCAUACUACCUGCCGUGGCUCUGGCAUGGACACUUGGUGAUGCGCGCGCAGAGGAAAUACUCGUGCUGGUCUCGCGGCUCCCAUGGCGGUAUCUGGCCCCCGCAUCUUUGUGCGCUGUUUACCUCGCUCUUCGCAGGGGCUAUGCAGAGGAAUCCCUACUCGUGCUCCGCGGCCUCGGUCUCCAGACCAGCACCGCAUCCUCUAUCUACCUCCGCACGCCUACCACGCGCUUCAUCCCCACGACCAGCGUCCAGGAUAUCUUCAUUCACGAAGCAUUCAAGGGGUUCGAGAUUAGAUUCUACCUCGCGGUCGUGGUGAAGGGGGAGGAGGAUGUGGUAGUUGUGUUUCCACGACUGUUGCCGAGGCGUGGGAUACUCGAGGAGGUGUGGAGAGGGAGCAGGCGGUGCUUGUGGGAGGAUGCGGGGGGUGCGAAAAAGAAAGGGGAGGAGAAAGGACGUGAGAGUGCCUGA